AUAUGCUUAAAUAUCAAAAGUAAAAGUGUAAAUAAUUUCAAAUUCCUUAUAUUAUGCAAAGCAGACGGCACCAUUUUCUUGUUUUUAAAAUUGACAGAUAUCCAGGGGCGCACUCCAACACUCAGACGUCAUUUACAAAUUACGCAUUUGUGUUAAGUCAGUCUGCCAGAUCAGAGGCAGUAGAUGCCCAUGUGUUCUCUUGGCAAGUGCGUGAAUUGGACCAUGUUCCUGUCCUGCUAAGUAUUCAAAAUGUAAUGAAUCAUUUUGGGUGUCAGGGAAAAUGUACAGAGUGAAAAGUACAUUAUUUUCUUUAGGAAUAACUCCAGUAUGUAUUGAUAUCAUUUCACAGGAUGUGUUUUUGGAUGGAAGCUGUAGAGAUCGAUGGCUAUUUUGGACACUUUGAGAUGAGGUGUCGGUUCAGCUCCGAGGAGCCCCGUGAUAUUGAGUUUCUGCUGCAGGUCUACGGCAACAAGAAGUUACUGGGACAAUACAACAGCACAACAGAGAAAUGUACGGUCUACACACAAUGGAUGAAGAACUUCACUGAAACGGCCUGCAAAGGCCCUGCUUUUCUGGCCGCGAGGAGAGACGAAAUGAAGAAAUACUGCAGCAGCAACGUUCCUGUGGUGUAUGGGUACUUACUAGAUAAGGCAGUUGAGCCCUACAUCAGGCUGAGGUCAGUGGAGCCGUUCAGUACCAGACACCUGGCCAUGCUCGUGUGCAGCGCCUACGACUUCUACCCCAAACCCAUCAGAGUGACGUGGCUGAGGGACGGACAGGAAGUGACCUCAAAUGUGACUUCCACAGAGGAGCUGGUCAAUGGGGAUUGGACCUACCAGAUCCACUCGCACCUGGAGUACACACCCACACCUGGAGAGAGAAUCACCUGUAUGGUGGAGCACUUCAGCCUCACUGAGCCCAAACUGUAUGACUGGGACCCCUCCAUGCCUGGUCCUGAGAAGAAUAAGAUGGUGAUUGGGACCUGUGGGCUGCUGCUGGGGGUGGUCUUUAUAGCAGCUGGACUGAUCUUCUACAGGAAGAAAUCUACUGAAGGACGAGUGUUGGUGCCGACCAUGGCGCUGCCAGAAAGUUAUGGCACCAUCUAGUGGGCCACACCAGUCUGCCUUCUGAAGGUUGUGAUCUGAACCCACUUAAUUAGUCUGGGUACCAGUCUUUUUAGUUAACAUUCCACUUCUUGUUGCCUUUUCCGUAACAUAUGCCAAGGAGGUCAAGUAGUGGAAUGUCAGCUAAAAAGAUUGGUACCCAGACUACCACUUAAUCAUUCCAAGCACAAUGUCUUCUCAGUCUCCCAGGCCUUUUGCAUUGGAGGAGAGGAGAGGUUGCAGCCAGAAACUCCCAAGGCGCCGAGUGGCCAACUUCAUCAUAUCUACAGUGCCUUGCAAAAGUAUUCGGCCCCCUUGAACUUUGCGACCUUUUGCCACAUUUCAGGCUUCAAACAUAAAGAUAUAAA